AUGGGCGGUGAGACUGUCAUCCUGGUCACUGGAGUGGAAGCGGAAGAAGCACGUCCGAACGAGAAAUGGAUUUUCAUCGGCCAAAAAGACUGCAAUUUAAUGGAUGCAGAGGCUACACGACAGCUUUUUGAAAAGCACAAGCCGACGCAUGUGAUCCAUCUAGCAGCCAUGGUUGGCGGCCUCUUUCACAAUCUUCAGUGCAACUUGCAGUUUUUCCGGAAAAAUAUGCAAAUCAAUGACAAUGUGUUGGCAGCAUGCAAUGAGUUCGAUGUUGUGAAGUGUAUCUCAUGUCUUUCAACCUGCGUAUUUCCCGACAAAACAACUUAUCCUAUCGAUGAGACUAUGGUACACAACGGGCCCCCUCAUACUAGCAAUUUCGGUUAUUCGUAUGCAAAAAGAAUGAUCGAUGUGCUGAACAAGGGCUAUGCCCAGGAAUUCGGACGGAAGUAUACAUCGGUAAUACCGUGCAAUGUAUUUGGGCCGCAUGAUAACUAUAAUCUGAACGAUGGGCACGUUAUUCCAGCGCUGAUUCAUAAAACUUACAUUGCUAAACGCGAUGGGAAGCCACUGGAGGUGUACGGCAGUGGUACACCGUUACGGCAGUUUAUUUAUUCUUUGGAUUUAGCGCGCCUGUUUGUUUGGGUUGUUCGAACAUACGAGGAAGUUGAUCCAAUCAUUCUGUCUGUGGGCGAAGAGGAUGAAGUUUCAAUUCUGGAUGCUGUUCAUGCCAUUGUAAAAGCCUUCGAUUUUAAGGUAGAUUUUUGUCUUUUUGGAGGAAAAAAGACUUUCAGUUAA